AUGUCCAACAGAAUAGACACAGAGAAUAUACACCCUGCACUCUCUCACGAUGAGUCAGAAGACGCGCAUUUUAAGGCAGAAGAGCAAGAAGAAGAGGCAGAGGAAACAACCAGGCUCUCAGCGACUGAAGCCACAUACAAUGACUAUCUUCUGCAGAAGAUAACCGAAAUGUUCAACAAAGAAGAGAAGGAAGCCUUCAUGAUAGCAUCCGACCAGAAAAGGCCUGUAACCAUCAGAACAAACACGCUUUUUGACAAAAGACAGCCAAUUCUGCAGAAACUGGCCAACAGAGGAGUAAACAUAGAGGGAAUCGAGUGGAACAAUUGCUCUGCAGUGGUUUACAACAGCGAUGUGCCAAUUGGUGCAACUCCAGAGUAUCUUGCAGGGCUGUACAUCCUGCAGUCGCCGUCCUCUGUGCUUCCUGUCUUAGCGCUAGACCCGCAGGAAAACGAAACAGUUGUGGACAUGUGUGCAGCACCUGGCGGAAAAACAACACACAUUGCUGCCCUGAUGAACAACACAGGGACAAUCUAUGCAAACGACGUAUCCGAGGAGAGAGCUAUUUCACUCGCUGCAAAUAUCCAGAGAAUGGGAGUAUCAAAUACAAUUGUGAGCGUGAUGGGAGGCAGAGGGCUGCCAUUUACCAACGUAAACAGAGUUCUACUAGACGCCCCUUGCUCUGGGACAGGAGUGCUAUCUAAGGACCCAGCAGCAAAAAGAAACAAAGACGAAAAAGUCAUCAAACAGCUGCAGUACAAACAGAUGGCUCUGAUUCUCAAGGCGUUUGACAUGCUUGACCCAAGGACUCCGGAGACUUCCAUUUUAGUGUACUCCACGUGUUCGAUUCUUGUUGAAGAGAAUGAGUACAUUGUCGACCAUCUUCUCAAAAAAAGAAAGAAUGCGCGGGUGAUCGAUGCAGGCCUGCCCAUCGGAAAAGAAGGGUACAAAUCGUACAGAGGAUGGACAUUCCAUCCGUCCCUCAAGAACACCCGAAGACUCUACCCGCACGUACACAACACGGACGGGUUCUUUGUUGCAAAGAUAAGAAAGAUAGGGUACAGCCCGGAGGAGAUAGAAGAGAAAAAAGCAGAAAAGAUCAAAAGCAGAGAUAUCAAUAAAAAGGCAAAAUUAGAAAAGGAGAAGCCAGCAGAGAAGAAAAGCACAGAGCCCAUCGUAAGAAAGAAGAAACAGAAGGACUCGCAGAAAAAAGCAUUCGCUGAAAGAAAAAAGAAGAGAGCAGAGAAGGCCCAGGCAAAAGAAUAA